AUGUCAUCAUCAAAAACAUCAAAUCCACCUGAUCGAUUCAAACUGGCCGUUGUAGGCACAGGUGCAGUCGGAAAGAGUGCCAUCACAAUUCAAUUCACACAAAACAUUUUUGAUACCGACGAAGUUUAUGAUCCAACUAUUGAAGAUGCAUAUUAUGUUAAGAGAAUGAUUGAUGGUGUGAGUUGUGAAUUGGAAAUUGUAGAUACUGCUGGCCAAGACGAUUAUGUAGCUCUUAGAGACACAUAUAUGAAAUCAUGCUAUGGAUUUGCUCUCGUUUUUGAUUUAACUUCACAAACCACGCUUGAAGAAUUAAAGAUUUUUGUUGAACAAAUUAAUAGAAUUAAAAUGGAGGAAAACAAACCAGUGAAUGGAAACUAUUUCCCAGCUGUAUUACUAGGAAACAAAUGCGAUUUAAAUUAUUCAUUGACUGAAAAAGAAGUCACAAAUUACAUGAAAAAAGAAUUAGGAAUUCACGUUCCAGUACUUUUCACAUCUGCCAAAACCAGAACUAAUAUUGAAGAGGCAUUUGAAGUAUUGAUCAAAGAGAUGAGAAUUUUCAGAGAUGCUCAAUCUGGAAAACCACCAAAGAAAGAGUCAGGAGGAUUAUUUGGAAGCAUUUCUUCUCAUAAGGAUUCUGAUCGAGAUUUACAAGCUUUCAAAGAACAAGAAUAA